ACAAUGAAGGCGUGUACAGUCACUUUGCUCCUGCUAGCGUUAGGGACAACAACCCUGGUGACCACAGCUCCGUCCGGCUCCACAGACUACCUGAGGGCCACGGUUGAAAAAACUGUCUGCAAGGCCGGAGUGGUGUCGGUGUCUGACGUCAUCAGGAUCGCAGCGGAAGCGGAAGUGACGAAGAGAGAGAUGUCGGAGAUGAAGGCGAAAUUGGGGAAACAGUGCCCGUCAGACGGCGAUAGCGAAAUUACUAUGGGGUUGGAAAACAUCGGGCAGUUGCAGAAGCAGACGCUGACCGACAUGAAGCGUCUCUUCCAGCUGGUGGCCAGCAUACAGGCCACUGGUGGAAUCCAACAGCGCAGCGAAACAACAACUACAGCUACUACUACAGCCGCCGCCGCCGCCGAAGAAGGAGCAGUGGUGGCUCCUGUACCUCCGCCGGGGGGAUCCGGACUGUGUUUCACUCCGGAACUGACCUGCUUCACUGGCUAUGGUCAUCACUAUCGCGGCACUGCCUCCGUGACUGAGUCCGGGAAGGUCUGCCAGCACUGGGACCAGCAGAGUCCUCACGUACAUACGAGGACCUCCACUCUGUUCCCGCAUGACGACCUGGUGCAGAACUACUGCAGGAACCCUGACUACGAGACCAAACCCUGGUGCUACACCACCGAUCCCACCAGGCGCUGGGAGCACUGCGACAUCCCCAGGUGUUAGCCAACCACAGAGAUUGGUUGGGGAGCCUCAACAACUAUCCUAGUGGAUGUCAGACCAGGG